GGCUGCUUCUGCCUGUCGAGCAGCCGGAGCGAGAAGGCGGCAGCAGACACGGCACCAGACUCCACGGCUAGGUGUUCACAGCCAAGUUUAGAUUUCUCCACAUAAUCAUGGCAGAAGGUGGAUUUGAUCCCUGUGAGUGCAUUUGCUCGCAUGAACAUGCAAUGAGAAGGCUGAUCAAUCUGUUGAGGCAAUCCCAGUCAUACUGCACAGACACAGAAUGCCUUCAAGAAUUGCCAGGACCAAAUUCCUCUGGUGAUAACGGCAUCAGUAUUGCCAUGAUAAUGAUGGCCUGGGUGGUUAUUGCUCUUGUCUUGUUUUUGCUGAGACCAACUAAUCUAAGAGGAUCCAACAUGGCUGGAAAACCAGCCAGUCCACAUAAUGGACAAGAACCACCAGCCCCACCCGUGGAUUAGACCUUGUAAUUCUGGAAAUGCUCGACAGCUAAAACCUUGCACGACCAAAUGAACGCAAGUGAUCAGAGUACUAAAUCCCAUUCGAUACUAUUUUCCUUUUGCAUUUACAUAAAGCAGGAUGAUAUUAUUUUGGUAUGGAACAGCUAGUAGCUAUUUCACUUUUAAAUUAAUUCUUGCUUUAUAUAUUACCAUUCCUAGUAGGUGAUAUUUGAAUAAACAAUAAGGAGCUGCAGGGGGUGGGGUUUUGGUUGUUGUUUUACUGUGGACAUUCCACUCAUUCUCUUUUUGUUACAAUGAUUACAAUACAUAAUUUCUUUGCAGUGGUCUCUGGCAUAAUUGAAGGAAAAUUUAAAUCCUUGUGCAUUUAUAGUUAUUAAAAGUUAUUUUUCAGAUUAAUUCUCUUUUUCCCCCUACAUAUUUUGGAAACUUAGUUGCAAACAUUAGCUUGAGUUUUGGGUAGAAAAAGUGAAAUUACUUUACCUUUACCUUGCUGUUCAGAGCAGCUUUAACUCUUUGGACCGCUAACCUAGUUUUUAGGCUGUUGCAAAAGCAUGGAUCUGCUGUAAUGAAUGUACAUCUAUGUGUGUAAAAAGAACAGGAGUACUUGUGGCACCUUAGAGACUAACAAAUUUAUUAGAGCAUAAGCUUUCGUGGGCUACAACCCACUUCUUCGGGCUGCUACUCUGAAAUCUAUGUGUGUGUGCAUGAGUAUGUGUCUGAGAAUUAUCACCAUCAAAAACUUGUCUGACGUGUAAGGAAUUUACACAAAAGAUUAUU